CUCGCCUGGCGGAGGAAAGGCGGGAGGGCGCGCGCCGGGGCUGCUCGCUCGCUCGCUCGCUCCCUCCCUCCGCCGGCGGGUUUAGUCAGCCAGCCAGCCAGCCAGCCAGCCAGCAGCCAGCGGGCCCGCGGGCCGCAGAGGACCCGAGCCGCGGACGCCGGCGCCGCCUCCUGCCAUUGUUCAUCCGGCCGGAGCAGCUGCAGGCGCGGGAUCCCGGGCCCGGGAGCUACCGCAACAUCAUGACAACAGAGAAGAGUUUAGUGGUUGAGGCUGAAAAUUCUCAGCACCAACAACAGAAGGAAGAGGGUGAGGGGCCCACCAACUCAGGACAGCAGGAAGCUCAGCUGGAAGAGGCUUCUCAAGCAGCAGCUGAAGGGGACAAUCAGUGCGAGCCGAAGCUGAAAACAUCCAAUGGAGACACUCCAACUCACGAAGACCUGACUAAGAACAAGGAUCGGACAUCAGAAAGCAGAGGCCUCUCACGACUGCUCUCCUCAUUUCUCAAAAGGCCCAAGUCCCAGGUCUCUGAGGAAGAAGUCAAAGAGGUAGAGUUAGAUAAAGAAAAAGGUGAAGGUCAGAAAGAGACAGAAUUUGGAACCAGUAUUGAUGAAGAAAUUAUUUUAAAGGCCCCAAUUGCAGCUCCUGAACCUGAGCUCAAAACAGAUCCUUCCUUGGAUCUUCAUUCAUUAAGCAGUGCAGAAACACAGCCAGCUCAGGAAGAACACAGAGAAGAUCUAGAUUUUGAAACUAAGGAAGGAGAAGGAAUUGAAGAGUGCUCCAAAACAGAAGUAAAAGAAGAUCCUGAAUCAAAAGCAGAAAGAGAAUUAAAAGCUUCCCAGAAAUCAGUCAGAAGACACAGAAACAUGCAUUGCAAGGUUUCUUUGUUGGAUGACACAGUUUAUGAGUGUGUCGUGGAGAAACAUGCUAAGGGGCAAGAUUUGCUUAAACGAGUAUGUGAACACCUCAAUCUUUUGGAAAAAGACUACUUUGGUCUAGCCAUUUGGGAUAGCGUAACCUCUAAGACAUGGCUGGAUUCUGCCAAAGAAAUCAAAAAGCAGGUUCGAGGUGUCCCAUGGAAUUUCACAUUUAAUGUAAAGUUUUAUCCACCUGACCCAGCACAGCUAACAGAAGACAUAACAAGGUAUUAUUUAUGUCUUCAGCUUCGACAGGACAUUGUUGCAGGACGUCUGCCCUGUUCCUUUGCAACCUUAGCGUUAUUGGGUUCUUACACCAUCCAGUCUGAGCUGGGAGACUACGAUCCAGAACUCCAUGGUGUGGAUUAUGUUAGUGAUUUUCAACUGGCUCCAAAUCAGACCAAGGAACUUGAAGAGAAGGUCAUGGAACUGCAUAAAUCAUAUAGGUCCAUGACUCCAGCUCAGGCUGACUUGGAAUUUCUUGAGAAUGCCAAAAAGUUGUCUAUGUAUGGAGUUGAUCUUCAUAAAGCAAAGGACUUGGAGGGAGUGGAUAUCAUCCUAGGUGUCUGCUCUAGUGGCCUUUUGGUUUACAAAGAUAAGUUGAGAAUUAACCGUUUUCCUUGGCCCAAAGUAUUGAAGAUUUCUUAUAAACGCAGCAGCUUUUUCAUCAAGAUCCGGCCUGGCGAGGACAUCCUCAGGAGUGACUUUCUUUUGCAAGAACAAUACGAAAGUACCAUUGGAUUCAAACUUCCCAGUUACCGAGCAGCUAAGAAAUUAUGGAAAGUCUGUGUAGAGCAUCACACAUUUUUCAGACUGACAUCUACAGACACCAUUCCCAAGAGCAAAUUUCUUGCCCUGGGAUCCAAAUUUCGAUAUAGCGGCCGGACUCAAGCUCAGACCAGGCAAGCUAGUGCUCUAAUAGACAGGCCUGCCCCACACUUUGAGCGCACAGCAAGCAAACGGGCAUCCCGGAGUCUUGAUGGAGCAGCAGCUGCUGAUUCAGCAGACCGAAGUCCUCGGCCCACCUCUGCACCAGCCAUUGCUCAGAGUCAGGUCACGGAGGGUGACGUCCCAGGGGCAUCUGCCAAAAAAACACAGAAGGAAACCGUGAAGGUUGAAGUGAAAAGAGAAGAGGAGCCAGCUGAGCAAGCUGAGCCUGAGCCCACAGAAUCAUGGAAGGUGGAAAAAACCCACAUCGAGGUCACAGUACCCACCUCAAAUGGUGACCAAACACAGAAGCUUGCAGAAAAAACUGAAGAUCUGAUAAGAAUGAGGAAGAAAAAGAGAGAGAGACUAGAUGGUGAAAACAUUUAUAUCAGACAUAGCAAUUUAAUGUUGGAGGAUUUAGACAAAAGUCAAGAAGAGAUCAAAAAACACCAUGCCAGCAUUAGCGAGCUGAAAAAGAACUUCAUGGAGUCUGUGCCAGAACCCCGGCCCAGUGAAUGGGACAAACGUUUGUCUACUCAUUCCCCCUUCCGAACUCUUAACAUCAACGGGCAAAUCCCCACAGGAGAAGGAGUGAAGAAAACCUCUGUACUCCCCUCGGAAAGAAAGGUUGGUGGGCCAGAGAGUAUAAAUGGCAUUCGUACAGAGGAGGUGGCUGUCGUGACAAAAGGGUCAUCUACUAACUCUGACUCUGAAUGGGAGGGCCCCAAGCAGUCGGUAGUGCCUAGUGAGAGCCAGAUGACCACCCCGUCGAAGUCUCCACAGAGCUUUAACUGUGGCUCCCUCUCCAUAAGCAGCAAGGAGACAGAAGAGCAGGAGCAGGGGGCAGCCGGCUCUCCUGAUAGCAAGGAGACGCCGAGAGGCCCAAGUGGGGAACCUGUGGGAGUGGAGGAGCAGGCCAGUGCCUUAACACCCUCAGGAACACCAGCUUCCUGGCAGCUGCAACUUGGUGAAAUAAAGGCAGACAGUAGUGAAGAGCAUGACACACCAGGAGAGCCACCUGGAAAACAAAGUGGACCAUUUCCUGACUUACGUGUGGGUAACCAGUUCCCCACCCUCAUUCGAAGUUUCCAGCCCCCACUGGUGAAGACUCAGACGGUCACCAUCUCAGAUACUGCAAAUGCUGUGAAAAGUGAGAUCUCCACCAAAGAUGUCCCCAUCGUCCACACUGAGACCAAGACCAUCACUUACGAGGCUGCCCAGACUGAUGACAGCAAUGGGGACUUGGACCCAGGAGUCUUGCUGACAGCUCAGACCAUCACAUCUGAGACCACGAGCAGCACCACCACAACUCAGAUUACCAAGACGGUGAAAGGUGGAAUUUCAGAGACCCGGAUCGAGAAGAGAAUUGUAAUCACAGGAGAUGCCGAUAUUGACCAUGACCAGGUUCUUGUACAAGCCAUCAAAGAGGCAAAGGAACAGCACCCAGACAUGUCAGUGACCAAGGUGGUUGUCCAUCAGGAGACCGAGAUUGCUGAGGACUGAGCUCAGGAACUGUCCUGUCCCCAACUCCCUGCCCUUCUCCCAUCCAAGAAAAACCAGCAAUGAUAAAGAGCCAACCUGCAAUAGUCAGACUUCCAAGAUCACUUUAAACCACCAGGAAGUUUUCGUUUUCUAUUUGGAGUUUAUGCCAAGAGAUUCUUCUAGAUACCACUGAUCCUUUUGAAGACCUUUUUCUAUAUUGUGAUACCAGAAAUUGUUCAGCUUUUCACUCUAUGGACUAUUUCUAAAGAGUUCUUGGGUUUUCUACAGGGUGGUUUGUAACCCCUCCAAGCUAGCCUCUCCCCAUUUAUUUCCAACCCAGAUACUGACAGGGUCCACAGAAUUCUUCAGGAAAUCCUCCAGAGAACCUGUCGGCUGUGUUGGAAGCCAAAGUCAGCUCAGUGGGACUCCUUGCUCCUGUCCUAAUUUCACACCCUCUGGAUGACAGCAGAAAUUUUGAACCAGUGCUUUCUCAGAGCUAAGAUGCAACUUUAUCAGAAUGUCAGGCAGGGUAACUGCCUUGAUCCACAGACCCCAGAAAAAUGUCCUGUCCCUCUGUCAGGGUGUUUUUGGUGAGGCGGAGACGUUGGAGAAUGUAAUGAAUGCUGUUCCCCCGCCUCCGUCCUGCUCUCUGUUUUGGAGCUUCUUUAGGUCAGAGACAUAAGAAGUUGCUUCAGAUAGAUCUGAUACUGUGAAUGUUCGAACAUAUCCGUGGCCUUCACCUCCCCAGUUGCCCUUGUACCUCAGCAGCUGCCGUGGCUCUGCCAAGCACUCCCCAGGCUCCCGUCUCAGAAACCCAAACUCCGGAAAAGUAGGCACCUUCGGCCGAAAAUGCUAAUGGAAUAUUUUCAUUGGUGUUUGGGGAAGGAACGUUAAUGAGGUUUUUAAAUUAAGGUGUUCCAGUUCUGGGAAUGCGAACUUCACACUGAGGGACGGAGCUUACCUCAGGCAGAUGCUACUGGGGAGUGUUUCCAGGUGACCACUCCUGGGCCAUUCUCUCAGAGAGGAGGCCGUGUUUUCUGACCUUCCUCCUGAGAGGCACCUGAGAGGACAUCCUUCUGGAGCAAGGGGAUUAUCAGCUUCCAGGGACCAUCCCUCCCACGGGAUAGCACAUGACAGGUAUAAGCCCUCGGCUGCUCAUCCCCCUCACCACCUGAGGUCUGUGGGGCUUUGUAGGCUUGAUUUUGUGGUGGGUUUUGGAUUUAGUUUUUCUUUUUUUCUUUUUUUGCCUUGGUUUUGAAAGUGAGGACUGAUGUCCCCAAUUCCUGGUAAGGAUUUGGGGCAUUUUUAUUCAAUAGGGCUUCUCUAAUCCUCCAGCUUGCUUCCCACAAACAGAUCCGCCUGGAAGCUUCUUAGAAUCCUAAUUCUAGGCUAGAAGCGAACUUCAUGAGAUUAGUCAACGAGUCUCUGACAGCGAUCACUGGGCUCAAGGGCACCGAGCAGGAGCCCAGUCUGAAGCCAGCAGCACGUGUCCACUGUCUCCACUGGCUGAGUUUUACUCUGACACACUCAUCUGGUUUGAUCUGAUUUCGAGUGUGCACAUUUUUCUUUUAGUUCUCACGUCAGGCUGCUACUGCCAACGGCAGCUCUCAGGAGGGCGGGGAGAGCUCGGCGGGAUGUGUGAUAGGCUGGGGGCAGCAGGUUGUCCUGUCUCAGGAGAUGCACAGCUGUGGCACAGGGUCUGAAAUGACGAGGCUUUCUGGGGACCCAAGUCAGGACUGUGUUGCUAAGAGUGGUGGCAGGUUAGAACCCCUGUCCCAUCAAACGGGAAAUGAGCUUACUUCCCAGUGGCCAGUUGUCCUGCUGAAGGAGCUACUGGUGCUCACAAAGCUGAAACCUAGAGCUGGGCGCACACCUGCAAUCCCAGCUGCUUGGGAGGCUGAGGCAGGAGGAUUGUGAGUUUAAGGCCAACCUCAGCAACACAGCAAGACUCCAUCCCCAAACAAACAGAAACCAGAGAGCUGUGGGACAAAGAGGCUGGGUGAAGGGAGAGGGUCACGCAUGUCUAUUCAGCAUCCUGAAUAUUCCGUGCUAUCCAGAGCAGUGUGGCAGCCUUCGCAGCACAGGACGUCAUAUCUGGGGCCUAAGCUUUCCCCACCCCUGCGGCCAGCUCACUCCUCUCUCGCCUCCUUUGUCAACUGGACCAGAGUUACACUAACUUCCUUCCAGUCCUCUUCCCCUUCCUCCCACUCUGGCAACAGAUCUUUGAGUUUGGCAACUGUUUGGAUUUGUUUUUCUUUCUGCAGUUGUGUGUAUGUGUGUGUGAGAGAAGAAAAAAACAGACUGUCCAGGUAGAAAUGGCCAAGAGCGGGGAGGAGAGUCACAAUUCCAGGGUCAGAGACUCAGCAGCAAUUCCUAAAGUGACUCAGACACACCACAGUAAAGACUCUCACUGCAAUUUUAUUUUUACUUCAGAACUAAAGAUUUCCUUCAAACCACAGGAGAGCUCUGCCACCUACCCACAAGCAAGGCCUGGACACAGGCCAAGGGCCCCUAGGCCUAACUGCAGGGGGCCAUCACUCCCUGCCCCCCCUGGGGCCGUCACUAUAUUCUGGGGGAAGCUCAAGCUGCUGGGGGUGAGGAGACCACGUCUACCCUGGGAAGUGGAGCCAGAGGCUUGAGCAACACCCCUUGAUGCUCAUGGGAAGCCUCUGCCCAGGAGCUCAGCCCCAGGCUGGUUGUUUUUACAAAUCCCUCUCAAAUGUAUUAUUUUGGUGACAAAAAUGAAGGAGCUUUGUAAAUUUUUUAAAAAUUAUGAAUCAUAUCAAGUAGCUGUUUACAUUUCUUGACAAAAUAGGAACCAUGGCAGCAGAAUCAAAUUGGCAAAAUUCCUAGAUUAAAUAGGCAAUAAUUAGGUCUGCUGUUUUGGCCUUUUGUAGUAAGAGAAGUGGUUGUAGUGUUUAGAUAUGUAUUUGGUCUUGCUUCUUGUAUUGCAUUUUUCAAUAAACUUCCAA